AUGGGCAAACAUUGUGGCAUCUAUGAGUGGAGAGGAACUAAGCGCAAUCAGCCAAACCGUGUAGUUUAUCUUGGAAGUACGUGCCCCCAAGGAAGCCGUUAUGGCGCAAAAUUGGGAAGCAGAAUCCGCAGAUACUGCAGUAAUGGUAAUCAUAUAGCAGAACUGAUGGAUGAGGCGUUGGAACGAGGUUAUGAAUUACAGAUGCGUUUUAAACAGGCUAAGAAUCAGGAGGAUGCGAGAAAGCAGGAGGCGAAAUUGUUGAAGAAAUACAAUUAUGCGUGGAAUAAGACAAGUAACGGCGGGCGUUCCAGAAGCGUACUGCCGAAGUGA